AUGUCACAGCAGAGAAACAGCCCAAAUCGGUGUCUGAGCAGUAUAGAAGCACAAAAUCUAACACAAAUCUCAGAAUUCCAGCUCAUUGGUCUCUCAGAGGAUCCGGACCUGCAGCCCCUUCUUUUUGGUCUGUUCCUGUCCAUGUACCUGGUCGCUGUGCUCGGGAACCUGCUCAUCAUCCUGGCCAUCAGCUCUGACUCCCGCCUCCACACCCCCAUGUACUUCUUCCUCUGCAACCUGUCCUUGGCUGACAUCGGUUUCACCUCCACUAUUGCUCCAAAGAUGAUUGCGGACAUCCACACUCACAGCAGAGUCAUCUCCUAUGAGAGCUGCCUGACACAGAUGUCCUUUUUUCUCAUUUUCGGAUGCAUGGAUGACAUGCUCCUAACUGUGAUGGCCUAUGACCGCUUUGUGGCCAUCUGCCACCCGCUGCGUUAUCCAGCCAUUAUGAAUCUUCAUGUCUGCAUCUUCUUAGUUUCAGUGUGUUUUUUGGUUAGCAUUUUUGAAUCCCAGCUGCACAAUUUGGUUGUCUUGCAGUUUACCAAAUUUAAGGAUGUAGAAAUUUCUAAUUUCUUCUGCGAUCCUUCUCAAGUCCUUAGUCUUUCCUGUUCUGAUGUCUAUACCGGCAACAUUAUCAUAUAUUUUGUUGGUGCCAUAUUUGGAUUUUUCCCCAUCUCAGGGAUCCUUUUCUCUUACUAUAAAAUUGUUUCCUCUAUUCUGAGAGUCCCAUCAUCUGGCGGGAGGUACAAAGCCUUCUCUACCUGUGGUUCUCACUUGUCAGUUGUUUGCUUAUUUUAUGGAACAGGCUUUGGAACGUAUCUUGGGUCAACAGUGUUACAUUCUUCAAGAAAUACGACAGUGGCCUCAGUGAUGUACACAGUUCUAGCCCCUAUGCUAAAUCCCUUCAUCUAUAGCCUGAGAAACAGAGACAUUAAAAACACCCUGAAGACUCUUUACAGUAAAAUUGCCUGA